AUGUCGUCCGCCGCACCCGACAGCGCCGCCGCACAGCUCGCCGCGUACCGCCGCCGCCACCAGGGCGAGGCCGGCAGCGAGGAGGGCGCGCCGCCGCCGGCCGCUGCUGCUGCUGCGGAGCCCGCCGCGCAGGCCGAGCCGGCAUCCGCUGCACUCGUCGCCGACCUGCUUCCAUCGCCGCCGGCCUCUCCCGCCGUCGCCGGCAGCAGCAGCGCGGCGCCUGCUGCGCCGUCCACUGCCGCUGCACCUGCGCCGCGCGGGCCAGUGCGCGUGUCGCAGCUGCGCAACCGCGUCUGCUGGAUCUGCAGCGAGGGCGACGCCGAGGACGGCGUGGCCGCGACGCCCAGCUCCAGCGGCGGCUCGACGCCGACAGCCGGCACGCCCACGCAGCAGCCGCAAGCGCGCACCCGCCGCCGCCGCUGGAUCCACCCCUGCGGCUGCUCGCUCAUCGCGCACGAGGCAUGCCUGCGCCGCUGGGUGCGCCACUCGCAGGCACGCAAGGCGCCCGUGCGCUGUCCGCAGUGCGUGCAGCCGUACGAGCUGCACGAGCGGCGCAGCGUCGUCCUGGCGCUCGGGCAGCGUCUCGAGGCGCUCACGCAGCGCGCGCUGCCGAUCCUCGCCGCCGCCAGUGCCGGCUCGGCGCUGCUCGUCGCCGGCACGGCGUACGGCUGUGCGGCGAUCCGCGUCUUUGCCGGGCAGAGCGCUGCGCGGCGCAUGCUCGACCGCAAGUGGCCGUGGCACUACUACUUUGACAUUCCUCUAAUCCCCGUCGCGCUCAUCGUCGCCCGCGUCGAGACGCGCGGCAUGCCCGCGCUCCUCUCGUACUUCAUCUCGAUGCACUUCCCACAGCUCUUCACGUACCUGCCGCUGCGCGGCGUCGGCGCCUUCUCGCGCAUGAGCCGCGUGCAGCGCGCGCAGUUUGCGCAGUUCGAGGCGCGCAACAACCCGUUCCGCGCCCACGGCUCGUGGUGGCCGCUGCCGCCGAGUGUGACGCUCGUCGCGCUGCCCUGGAUCCGCCUACUCUAUCUGGAGCUCAAGCUACGCGUCACGCGCUGGGUCUUGGCGCCGCACGCGCGCCGGCCGCGGGCGCCUGCAGCUAUCGGCGACCAGCCGCGUCGCCGCAUCCGCGAGAUUGUGCUCACCGACGGCCAGCCGAUGGUCGAUGUGCCGGGUCAAGACGGCGUGCGUGAUGUGGGCAUCGGCAGGGACGGCCUGCCGCGCCCUGUUCCGGCGGGCGUGGCUGCGAUCGACGACCUCGGCCGCCGACCCGAAGGCCUGCCCGAGGACGACGACGAUGAGGAAGACGAGAUCGCUGCAGGCGCCGACGCCGCACAUGGCGCCGACGCAGCGCGCGCGGCGGACCGGCGCCUCAUCUACGUGACGCCGUCGAGCCUGGGCCGCCUGGUUCUGGGAGCGCUGGCGCUGCCCUUUGUCGGCUCCGCGGUCGGCAGUGUGCUGGCGAUGCUGGCGCGCCGCUCGGGCUCGUCGAUUAUGCUGCGCAUCCUCGGCAUGCGCCCCGGCUCGCCCAUCUCUCCACCUUCGUUCGCCGGCACGCCGUCCGCAAGCAGCACGGCGCCGCGCCGCUCGCCGUUCGCCUCGCUCUUCUAUGGUGGCUCGGACAGCAGCGCCGCCGCCACCGCAGCUGCGCCUCAGCCGACAGCCGACAGCAGCUGGUCCUGGAGCCAGCUCAACUCGCGUGCGCGUGCCGCCGUCGCGCCCGAGCCCGCGCCGACGCCGGCCUGGCAGGAGGAGGAUGCAGUGUGGCUGCGCAGCGCCAUUGGCGCCGGCCUCUGCAUCGUCGCCAAGGACAUCGCACAGCUGGCGUACCGCGCAGCUCGUCUGCGCCAGGCGCGCGAUCGCUCCAGCCUGACGGUGGCGGACAAGCCGUUCGCCGAGAGCAUGCGCUCGGAGCUCGACAUUCAGGAGUGA